AUGCAGCGCCAGCUGGUGGCGUCCAAGGACCGCCCGGUCUUUCUCAUCCCCGAACCCAACGACCUGUUCAAGUUGAGCUACAACAUCAGCAACAUCUACAUCUCGUCGCUCUCCACCCAGAAGGGUCAGGCGUCGGAGCUCAACCUGGGCGCGUUCAAGAUGGUGGCCGACUUCUUGGUGGGCGCGCAGCUCAUCAACGAGGACGCCUUCAUCGGGUCCCAGUACGCGCACGAGCUGCUGCCCAAGGUGCUCGAGGUGAUCGAGAAGUACGAGGUCAAGGACGAGAAGGCCGUGGAGCUGCUGCGCGAGUGCAAGACCUUCAUCAACGGCCUCAAGAAGGAGGCACGUGCCGAGCUGGCCGUGUGUCCGCCCGGCACCUUCCACCACAUCCACUCGGCCGACUGCGUGCCCUGCCCGCCCGGCACCGCCUCCGCCCAACCCGACUCCGUGAGGUGCACCCCGUGUGGUCCGGGCUUCGCGGCUGCGGGUGCGGGCAACACGCACUGCACGGCGUGCGCGCCGGGAUCCUCGUCGGCGGCCGGCAGGGCCAAAUGCACCCCGUGCCCGCCCCAUUUCUGCUCGGGCGCUGGCGCCACCCACUGCGCCCCGUGCAACUCUUCGGACCUGUGA